AUGAACAUGCAACAGACUGCUCAGCCCAAAUCUUCUGCGAAUGGAUUUGCUCGUCGAAGGGAGAGCGGGAUGAAAUUGGAAAAUAAACCUCAAUCUGGAAAAUUGAACCAGAAUAGAUCGAUGAAUGCAAUUGGGACCAGCAAAGUUCCAGUUUGUGAGAGUCCAUCUCGUGAUCGGCUGGCAUACCUAUCAACCUGCCUUAUUGGGCAUCCUGUGGAAGUCCAGCUGAAAAAUGGGUCCAUAUUCGCCGGAACGUGUUACACCACAAAUGUCGAGCAGGAAUUUGCUAUUGUUUUGAAAAUGGCUCGCAUGGCAAAGGAUGUCUCUUGUCGGGGGAGUAAGCAGGAAUAUGUAAUGAAAGCUCUUUCCAAGACUUUAAUUAUACCCGGAAAAGAGGUUGCGCAGGUCAUAGCUAAGGAUGUACCUGUAACUAUGGCUGGGCAGUCCGGUGACCUCCAAAAUGAAAGCCAUCAGGAAAUUUUGAUAGAUUCAUCUAUAUCACACUCCCGUCAUGUGGAACCGCAGAGAGAGCUAUCGCCGUGGGUACCGGAUGAAGAUGAUCCACAAUGCCCUGAACUCGACAACAUAUUUGACGGCCCUUGGAACAGGGGGUGGGAUCAAUUUGAAACGAACGAAAUGCUAUUUGGAGUGAAAAGCACUUUUGAUGAGGAGCUCUACACUACAAGGUUGGAGAAGGGCCCUCGAAUGAGAGAGUUGGAGAGGGAAGCAACAAGGAUUGCUAGAGAAAUUGAGGGCGAGGAUACACAAGAUCUACAUUUAGCAGAGGAAAGGGGCAUCAACCUUGGCGAAGAUUUCGAUGGUGAUGAGGAGGCGAGGUAUUCUUCAGUCAUCAGAGGCAGGGAGGUAGAUGAUAGUGGAUACGAUGAAGAUGAGAAUAUAUUGUUAGACAAACGGAAUACUGAAACAUUUGGGGAUGUACCUGCAUCAUCCGGUGCAAAGGCUGAUCUGACUCGUGCUAAAAGCAAUGACAGUGCUGGAGUGUUAUCAAUCUCAUCAGUGCAUGAACCAAAAUGUUCUCAGUCAAGUAGUGACCCAGAUAUUCUCCAGUCCAAUACAUAUGGCCAUGGUAAACAGCAGACAGAUGAUCUUCCUUGUAGAAGUUCCACUUUAGAUAGUGAUGGAAGGAACCCUGAGAUUUCGCAAGUUGCACAAGGGCAUGAUAAACUUAGCGCUAGCUUCCAUGCAAAAACGGUAGUUUUGGAUGCCAAGUUGUCUAAAUCCAAUGAAUCCCAUUUUUCAGACAACAGUCAGGAUAAUGGCUGCGAUAGAGGUGGACGAUCGGCUGAUGCUACUGUCAAUGCUCCUUUGGCGGCAAGUUCUCAAAAAGAAAUAUCACGUACUGUACCAGAGGGUGCCGUUUCUGUUAAAGUGGUUGGAGAGAGUUCUGUUGUUAGUGCACUUAGACAACCUGGCACCUCUGCAUCAAGUUUGGAUUAUGCAGUUGCUAACCCAGCUUCUAACCGUCCUGCUUUAUCUCCAAGCUCAUCAAUUGGUUCAUUAUCUUCUGAAAAGUCAACACUGAAUCCACAUGCUAAGGAAUUUAAAUUCAACCCCCAUGCAAAGAGUUUCACUCCUUCACACUCGUCGCCAGUUCGGCCUCCGUCACCAGUUUCUGAUGGUUCUUUCUACUUCCCGGCAAAUGUUACCAGUCAACCACAAAUGCAUGGGCUGCCAUUGGGGAUUGGUAUGGGUCCAUCAUACAGUGGGCAUCAGCCCGUUCUCUUUAACCCACAAGUUGCACCAUUGCAAUCGCCCCAACCUUAUUUCCAUCCUAGCGGACCUCAGUAUGGUCAGCAGAUGCUUCUCGGUCACCCGAGGCAAGUCUUGUACAUGCCAGGAUACCAACCUGAAAACCCCUACAAAGGACGUGACUUUUAG